AUGAGCGAUCGGACCUUGGCCGAAAUUGUCGACCGUGCUCAGGUUGCCGAGGCGCCCAUCUCGCGCCAACAGGCCAAACGAUGCCGGAGGACACUCGACUGCGUUGCGAUUAGGCGCAUACUGGCCACGUCCGAGGCCGAGGCCGCCUUCAAGGCCCACUUUGACAGCGUCGUUGCCGCCUACGUGUAUGGCACGUGCCGAGAGGUCCAACGCCGGACGGGCCUGGCGUUGCCGCGAUUUACGUCCAUGGAUGACGUGACGUUUUUCGUCCUGCCCGACUUUGGGCGCAAUCACGGCGUAUGGACCGUGGUGGCCAACAUCGAAUCGCCUCGCCUAGAGGCGCUGCUUGAAUCAGCGGGCAUAUAG